AUGAACAUUGUCUUUAAAGGAACGUCUCUGCGUAACUGUGCCACUGUUUCCGAAUCUGGUAUCAGGUGUUAUGACACACUCGUUGAAGCAGUUUUAAUGAUGGAUGGAGACGUUUUGAUUUUUCAAGGAUUGAAAGACUUGGAUACACUACCAGGCUAUUGUCACCAAGAUGAUGAACUGCAGGGUUCACACAGAGGUAUACGACUCAUAGUCGAUCAACAGAAAGGAGAUGCCUUUAAGCUGUAUCGUCAGCAACGACAAAACACCGUGGGAUCAAGUCAGUCUGGGCACGUGACUUGGCACGACACGACACAUUUAACAGAAGGAUCUUCCAUUAGCUCAGUCAUAUGCACCGAGAUAAAAACAUACCAGGAAGCGACUCACUGUGCUGAAAACAGACCUCCAACAACAGCAAUAUCACCGAGUUCAGUCACAAGAGAGUCACAGGCAUCGCUAGAGUCACAGAGUUUUGUAAAAAGUGAGUCACAGAGUUUGUUCAAAACAGAAUCAGAGACUGGACUCCCAACAGAAUAUCAGAGUGUGGACACAACCGAGUCACGAAGUUUAACAGGUUACCAAAAUGUGGAUCAGAUUCAUGCAAUUGAAACCAAGUCGAUUACUGUGAAAGACGGCGUUUACAACUUGAAGUUUCAAGGUACAUAUUCAAAAGCAGCUGCAAAGAAUCUAUUUGGGCGUUCCCGUUCAUAUACAGAUAUGUUGGCAAUAUGUGAGCCAGAGAUCACUCCGAGUGGUUCGCAGUUAUCAUUGCCAGAAAUCCCGACAAAAGACAAACUUCAACAGAUAUUCGUUUUUCUUUCUAAGAAUCUUGGUAAUGAAUGGCAGAUGCUGGCGUUCCAUUUGGGAUUAGAAAAGAAAGACAUAGACAAGUGCGAAUGUGGACAUGAAAAGAAUCUGGAACUGCAGAUACACAGGAUGCUGUCCUGCUGGAGGUCCAAGAAGGGAAAAUGGGCAACCAAAGAUAAACUACUUCGUGCAUUACGAUUGUGUGAGCUCAACAGUAUUGCCGAUGACUUGGAAAACGAUUUUCCCGAUAGUCUGUAAAGUUAGAACUGUUUCGUAGAUUAAGUUGUGUGAGCUCAACAGUAUUGCCGAUGACUUGGAAACACAUUUCUCAAAUAGUCUAUAAAGUUGCCGCCAUUGUGCAACCUGAUACCUCUCGUACCCCGUCUGACACGCCGUGCAUGCAAGCACCAUGCAGGCAUCCUCGUCCUUUGCCGCUAAAAAGCUGGUCUGACUCAUGACAUUAACGAUCGCAGGUCGAACCCAUGCCACUAACGAUCGCUGGUCUAACCCAUGCCACUAACGAUCGCCGGUAAAAGGAUAUUGUUAUUGAUCAAUAGCAACAAUAGUGUAUAAAAUUAUGAUAAAUGAAGGUGUUCAACAUGGCUAUAGGCUUAAAUAUUUAGUAUAUGUAUACAUGAUACACUAAAUGAUACCAAAACAUUUUAAAUAAUAAAAAAACAACACUUUUGUUCAUAUGGUUUCUGAACAACGGCGAGAUCAAUACUUACAAGCUUAGAAUGAUAAGGUCAAGGUAGCAAGGUGUUAAAAAAGGUGAUAUUUAAAGAUAAAACCAACCAUUACAAUGUCUUUAACAAACGACGAUCCUAUUCGACAUACCAAUAUGUAAACUAGCCGCCAUCUUCCCCGACAAUUCCCAGGCCUACACUGUACCAACAUGUUUUGUGAUAACAUUAGCUCAUUGAACCACGAUGAACAUUGCUUAACCUUAUUUCUACUCAAAACAAAACAAUCCAAACAAGAGACACAACGAUACACCAUAAAGGCGACUCUAGCUUUGAAACAGCUGAACAUGCAAAUCGGGCGAGUUCAAAGUAAAAGUAGAUUUUUUAAAAGUUAAAACUUUCGAGUCCGAUCAGUCGUCAAUUACCAGUUUUACCUCACAUAUGCCAUCGACUUCCUUUGUCAUUAUUAUUAAUAUCUUGAAAGAUCUUAAUGGUAACCAGCAACAGAUAUCUAUCAAAUUGGAUACUUGUAUUUUAUUAUAUUACGUAUACAAUGCCUGUAUCUUUUGCUAUUAAUAAUGUGAUUUUUUAGUGUCUCAUAACUCCCUAAGCAGUGGCUUUUAUAUUGUUUAUUAAGAAGGUUUCUCAUGUCUUUUACUCUGUAUAUAUUGAGUGAGACUUUAAUAAAACAUUUGUGUAUCUGUCUGUCUGUAUACGUGAGAAUGAGUUCAAAACUUAUCUUAGCAGUGUUAAAAUUUUCUAUUAAAAAAGGAAAAUGUUUUGAACUCGACUCGAAACGAAACCAGCUCAUUCAAAACAAAACUCACUCAUGAAAUAGUUAAUUUAAAAACAGAGAACAGAAUAGAAUAGAAUAGAUGUUUAACAGAAGACAUCGGCUGUUGGGUGUCAAACUAUGGUAUAUGCAAACAUUAAGUGAUGCUCAACAACGGGAAACAGAGACAUUCAUGUAUCAAUUGAAAGAAUGAAGUUUACUUCAAACUAGCACUGGACAGAACUAAUAAUUCUGAACAACACACGCGGCAAAAUAGUGUUAAAAUAUUUGGAAUUGCGAACUAAAAUAAACAGCGCGGAAAAUCAUUUAAAAAAACACUUCGAGACAAAUGUUUCAAAACAUUGGCAUGAAUGUAGUGAAACUUGAUGUUACUGUCGCUUGUAGAAAACCAAGACCAGUUAUUGUCAAGUUAUAGCCAGAACACACAAGAUAGUGGCGAUUAUUAAGCGAAGAAAACUGAAAGGUACACGCGUUGUUAUAACAGAGGAUUUAACAACACACGAUUGUUUUCUUCAACGAAGUAACGUCCAUGUAGGUUGGAGUCGAGACGGGAUCAACUGUGGCAACCUUCGGUCUAACGGAAGUGUUGUUAGCAUAGGCGUACGGGUUGACUUUUGUCCGAAUUAAACGAAAAUUCCUGAAUGUGCAUAACUACCUUUAUUCAUAUUAGCAUUACUACGAAACAGCUAUAUAGGGUUGCAAACGAACCACCCCGCAU